CAGACGUGCUUCGAUUGUAACGCCAAGAACCCGACAUGGGCCAGUGCGACUUAUGGAAUUUUCAUGUGCCUGGAUUGUUCCGGUAUUCAUCGCUCUCUCGGUGUGCACUUGACGUUUGUAAGGAGCGCGGAGAUGGACAAAUGUGCGUAG